AUGGAACAAAUUAAUUAUUAUAAGAAAUUAAUUGAACAACGUGUAAAUAUCAUUACAAAUUCAUUUCAAUGUAUUAAUUUAAGUAAUUGGGAUAGUCGAGCAAGUGACAUUUUACGAUUUCAUUGUGCACAACUUUUACCGCUCGAUGCGCAAUGUCCAUUCACUACUAGCAGGACAUUUGCGCAUUAUCAUAUUAUGUGUUGUUGUAAUGAUCGAUCAUUUUGUAACUAUAAUGUUGAUAUUAUAAAACGUACAGCAACAAAAUCAAUUCCUAAUUUAUGCAAAUUUAAUAAUGAAUAUCAAUACUUUCUACAUGAUUAUUUUUAUCCCACUGAACCGGAUGCUAACCAUUCAUGCUUAUUACAUUUCAUUUCCGGAAAUGCUCUCUACGAUAUGAAUUAUAAUUUUAAAAGAAAAAAUUCUGUUAUUUUCUUUUUGCCCGGUUCUGCAAUUCAACCAAUUGAUUUUUCAUAUGCAUUAUUAGAACCAAAUGAAUGUGAUUACCUUGAUGUUGAUUUGAAAUAUGAUUAUCUUCAAACUCGUUAUUGUUAUAAAUCAACAAAAUUAUUGAAAUAUUUGGAGACAACAUAUAUGCCACUGAGAUUAUUUGCAUGUCGAUGUCAAACAGCGCCCGGUGAAAUACCUUGUGAUAGUAUUUUAAUGGAAAAUAUUGCUGAAAAAGCUCAAAAUUCCGUAAAAUAUUUCUUCUUUUUUUUCCUUUAA